AUGAGACGGAGGCAUGUGCGUGCGGCUUCCUCAGCCUUGCUUGUCCUCUGCGUCGCCGUCGACCAAGAGGAGCGCUGCUGCUGCGGUCCCGAAUGCGACGAAGCCGGCACUUGCUAUGCGAUCCGGGAAGAAGAGGAGGUUUGCGCGACCUUGCUGCUGACUGCUUGCGAGGCAGAGCCAGCAUGCCGUUGGCAGAGCCAACGGCUUUGUGAAGAUUGCCGGGAACUUUGCAGAGCGAAGUACCUGGAGGACUUCGAGCGAUUCCGGCGGUCAUCUGCUUCAGCGUUUCUGAUCGCAUCGGGCUACGGUGGGUCGAAAGAAGAGAGCUUUGCGGGCUUCACCCAGCGCGAAGAGGAGCUAACUCAGACGGGCGGCCUUCAAGCCCACCGAGAGCACACGAGCUGGGAUGUGUCAGGGACGUCGGACGUGGCUCUGCUCGUCACCGAUGCUGAAACGAAGGUCUUGGGCUGCUGGGGCAGCGGGGGCCGCUACUGGCACAGCGAGGUGCAGACCUCGCUUGGACCGCGCCGCAGUACCCUGUGCGUGCCCUACAGCUGCACACAGGCCGAUGUGGAAGCCGUGCUGGCGCCGAUUUGGUUCCAGAGGUUCAUGGGCGUCGAUGCCGUCGCCAUCGAGAGGCUGACGGCCCAGGAGCUCUCGCACUGGGCCGACCUCCGGCUGGACUUCGCCCUUGUGGGCCUUGACGGUUGCGGCACCACGUCCUUGCGGCACAAUCUGGCAAAGCAUCCGGAGAUCAACUUCACACACCUGUCCGUCCACAACCAGGAUGAGGAUUUCUUUUUCAUGGAGAUGGGCCGGCAGACCUUGCCUCUCAUGUCGCAGGUGCAGCGGCUCAAUGCGCAUCGGGACGCGAUGGUUGGGGUGAAGCGUCUCGGCGUCUACCAGCCCGUCAUGUGGCGUGAGGAAGUGCUGGAGUUCGUGUUCAGUUUGAUUCCGGGCAUGCGAAUCGUGCUGGCCGUGUGCGACCCGGUGGAUCGCUUCGAGAGGAAGCUUCACUUGGAGCACGACGCCAACCCUCCGAAACUCCAGGAGCUGAUGGCUCGCAAGUUGGAGGACAAGACUGGGUACUUGCGCUUCGGCGCAGCGCUGGCCUCCAUGAAGAGAUCCUUCGGCGAUCACCUGCUCGUCGUGGAGAAGGACGACCUCACUGACCCUGAGACCUUUGAACGUGCAGCCCGUUUCCUGGACUUGGGGUCUUUUCCUUCUCGUGCACGUCUCAAGCGCUAUAACUCCCGCGGGCAGCACAGAGCACCUCUGUGUUCGCAGCCAUCGCUGAUCGACGCAGUGAAGGACGUGAUGUCGCCGGAGUACGAAGUCUUGGAGGCCCUGCUGCCACGACCCUCAGAAAGGCUCCGAAGGCGCCUCACGCGCUGCGAGUCACCGGACGGCUUCGAAGAG